AUGUUUGCUCGUGGACAAGAUAAAGUCGAUGGAAAGUGCCAUUUUGAGUCGAUUGAGCAGGACUUCGUCACGAGUGUCGUCUGGCGCAUUCAAGCAAUAUAUUUCUCGGACUUUGUGUUUGAGAUGCAGAUUUUCUUCUACAUCUUUUUGCUUUGCAUCUAUCUAAUCGAUGUGAACGCGGAGCAAACGAUAGAAUCUGAUUUUCCGCGACCUCCUCGUCUCGAUGUAUUUCAUUCAGAACAAAAAGCAAAGGACUAUAUCCAUUAUAUAAGAAAGAGAAGCAGUGGCGAGCUUCCAAUGAAACGGAUCAUUGAUUGAGUUUUUGCUGUUUGUACAUGUAAUCUUUGGAGUCGUGUUGAUAAACAAAUUUUACAAGCUUUUUUACGCGAUUAAAUUCCACUGAAAUCAAACUUGUUGAAGUGUGCUGUUCCCUUAUUCGUAACAUAAACACUAAGCUUGCUUACUCUUUAGAAAAAUACUCAUGUGUGUUUGAAGUUCGAAGAAAGGUCUUUAUUUUUU